UGAGAAACGAUACCAAAUCCUAACAUCGGCCCUCCAAUACAUUUUCCCCAAGAAAGCGUUCACGGUCAGUACUGUAUGCAAACUUUGAAGUCGUCUAAGUUUGAAAAAGAACCAUGGGGCUAGAUAUAGUUUUCUGUCGAUUCUGAAAACGAUACAGCAUCAUGAAGGACCAUUUUCAAUGACUGUAUGGACACUGGCUUUUUUUCAAAUGAAUGCGAAGUUGGUGACUCCUUUAUUCAAAGAAAUGUUUCCCGUAAGCAACUUGUUGGAUUACAGCAUCAGAGAUUUUUUUUUUAUCUUUGAGGUGGGACAUGAGCUAAACUUUACUGGUUUUGUAAUCGCGGCAACAAAGCAGAACUGGUUAACACGACUGUGAUCGGUCGAGUUAUUCAAUCGAAAUUGAAACCAUUGUUCUUACUUUCACGGGACUCGGAACUGGGCAAAUGCCAAGUCACCUCACAUGUUUCGCCACAUUAUGCUAAGAUCAAAUCGAAGGCUAGCACUGGUAGCUGUUCUGAUGGUUUCGAUGGUGUAUGGUAUCGGCUACGGCUUGAUUCCAAUUUUUGAUAACUGUCGGGUAACAAGGGAACUAUUACCAGUACGCAAUGACCUUAAGCAUGCCUGCCUACGAAAUGCAUUUUCAGACAUUGUGCUUGUGAUUGUGUACAACUAUCCUUUCUACUCCAGUAUCCCUUUACUCUCUGCCCUUUACAAGAAUGCAUUUCCUACGAUCAUGUUUUGCGGACCGAAGAAGUCAAGGAAACACAAUGUCGAGGCUUUAGAAAUUCACCGAGGAUAUUUCUCCUAUAGGUGCAUGUCACGUGCGAUAGAAAAACAUCCGGGACGUACAGGAUAUUUACUCAUCAGCGACGACGUACUCUUGAACUAUUGGAAUCUAGUUGAUAUGGACCGAGACAAAAUCUGGGAAGGAGCUAAAAUACCAGUAAAAAGGAACAACACUAUUCCUGAAAAUUGGUUUUGGUGGAAUUCCGAGUGGGGAAAGAAAGCUUGUCAAGAGGCCUAUAAUGAAAUCUGGGCUUUGCGAGAAUUGUUUUAUUUUGAACGUUUGCCUGAGAUGAGUUAUGGAAAAGUUCGCUCCUCUAAGUCAACAUGGAACAUAGAAGAGUCGAUCAAUAUUUUGAAAGAUAACGGGAAUGGGACUUUUCCCUGUUUUCGAGGUCGCUCAGACAUAUUUUACAUUCCCGGUAAAUUCGCGGAUGCGUUUAAAACACUAUCUUAUAUUUUCUACAAGCAUCGUUCAUUCUUAGAAAUUGCAGUCCCUACAAUGUGCCGGAUGCUUGACAGGGCAGAGAAAUUUGAGUACAUUCCUGGGAUCUACAUGCCCGGGUACUCUAAGGACAAACAGUCUGAGCGCUUCUGGAGAUUAUAUGACAAAACCUUGGCGUUUAUCCACUCCUUCAAACUUCAUUAUAAACACGAUGGAGCCCUGAAUAAGGCAUUGCUAAGACGCUGGAUCAUAGACUACAGUGAUAGUUUGAGUAAAUGCUGAGAGAAACGAAUCAAAAUAGCUCUUUCAAGACUAAAAUGCAAUUACGUAUGUUCCUGCUAGAGGAAUUUGGCUCUUUGUGAAACCUGCCAUCAUCUUGGAAACCGUGAAGCAUUGAGCAGCUAAGGAAUUAAGCUAAAGAAAACGUUUUGUUUACAUCAAAAUCCAGAGAGCAAUAUAACUCUCCACUCGAUGAGAAUUUUCAAAAUUCGCGUCCGAGUGAUUUAUCUUCCAUACAAAAUAGUUAUCUGAUCAAUUACUAUCAAAAGUUCAAAGGGAAACUGCAUGGAACAAUAUCACUUGAACUUAAUGAACAACAAUAUUUCUUAGCCAAGACAUGAAUUUGGACUGAAAGCCACAGAGUCGCGCCUAGCUAGAAAGUUCAUUAAGCACAUUCCUAUUUUCUUUCAUCAAGUUUUAAUCAUGUUUUUGAUUUAGCCUCAGUCUUGUACCAUACCAUGAUUGAAUUUUUAUAAAAGAGUACUGACUAAAGACAAAGAGAAUACGUUUUCCCUCUCAGUUCUUAUCAUCCCUAUUUACUCAAGUGUAACUAGGUCCGUCCACAGCAAUUAAGUGGAAAAACCGGUUGGAAAACUGCUCUUUUCUUUUAUACCAUAAUCAUUAUCAAUAUAUCAUCUUUCAUCAUGUUAAGUAUUCUUUUUGUUGCUCCCAUUACUGUAUUAUUAUCAUCAUUGCCAUCAUUAUUUUGUAACCGUAAUAUUUUCCAACAACAUGGGUAACAAAAGUAGAUACGUAAUAUUUUUUCGAGCGAUAGGAGCGUGCAAAAAUGCGAGCAAUGAGCAAAAUGUCCGCUCGUAUUAUAUGUUAAACCAUUGAAUAAGGCAUUUAUUAUUUCAAGACUAUUUCAUCUCACUGAAUCUUUCAGUGCAACCAUUUUGUUGCUUCGCUUUCCGACCGACGCAUUUUGCGUGUUCUUAUGACCUUAUUUGGUAAAAUGACCUAGUAGGGGAAUAAUCAAAGGGUGAAAGCGGAUGCAAAAAUAAACAAAUUUUUUAACCAUAGAACUCUUUAUCAUCUCGCAUUAACUCCUAAGUAGCAAAAUACGCACUGCAUGGAAAUUUAACCCGAUUUUCCAUGCUACAAUUCAAAUAAACGUCGACGUCCUUUCGAAAUGUAGGAGCUUUUCAACUCAUGGUUCAGGGUUCUCUCGGUGCAAAAGGGAAAACUAAGUUUUCGUUGGCAAAAGGUAAGAACUUAUCAUUGACAAACAUUAUGUUUUCGUUCAAACUCCUCCCCAGAUUUGAUACUUAAGUGAAGUUGAUGAUGAAAAACUAGCAGAAAAUUUUUCUUUUAGCAGGGAGGGCUAAAAUGAAAGUGGUUUAUUUUGGUCGCGGACGAAACUGUGUUUUUUCAAUUGCUGCAAUUAUUAUUUUUUUUACUGUAAAAAUAACGCUGCGCGAGAUUUUGACCAUUUAGAUUGCAUCGUUCCGAAAGAGGAAAUUUUAUGCGGUUCUGUAGUAACUGACAAUAUACAUUUGACAUUCAUCCAGCAUAAUCUCGAUUGAGGCCAAGUGCACAUUUAAAUUAGGGUAAACUAGCCUUUUCUUCUUUACUCGUUUUCAAACAAAUGCGUUUUGUGUCUCGAAGUUAGCCUAUUGAUCAUUAAUUACUGUCCUUUGAAUGGUUGUUCUUGGUAUGAUUGUUCGGCUGUUUCUAUAAUUCCUUCUGUUAUUUGUUUGCUAAGUGAACGCUAUUAGUUCUCUGUUGCUCAUGGCGCCUAUUAAGAAGGCGAUCAUUUCUCACUGUCUUAAAAAUUUGAAUCAAAAGCGUCGCUUAUAAUGUAACUUGAUGUCGUUAAUGAAAAAGCUGUAGCAGCAGACGCCUUUUUCACAGAGAAUCGUUUAUCGAUUUUGAAACAUUUCCUGUUUUGCGUAAGCAAAUUGAAAUCUCUUGACUUCGAGGAAACACUUCUCUGCUACUUGAGUCUGUUUCAAUAGUGUAAUUUGUAUUAUUUGUAAAUUAAUAAAAACACGUGCUAGAUAAUUUAUAAACAAGUACAUUGCAAAG